ACCGUGCAGGCCCGCUCGUAAGGUUAGGAAAUCAACCAUUUCGGAUCCCCAGGAUCACCGUUACAAGAAAUCGUAGCAACAAUGGAGGUAUAUGAAGACCAACAGCUACGACGGUCACUGCACCGGUGCCCUUCGUAUUCAGCGUUGCUAGACUCACAAAUCACGCGAACACUGCCCAAAUGAUCCCGCCCGCAAAAGAGCAUGUACCCGGCGGGUUCAACCCCUUGCACUUUACUGUGCUGUGCCUUACACUUCUCACACUUCGAUUCGCCUACGUGGGUCUAACAUGUCCCACCAGACAUCUGCCAGGACCCUGGUAUACUCGCUUCACACAUCUCAGACUGAAGCGAGCAGUCGUCACUGGUCAAAGGAUCUUCUACAUUGAUUCGCUGCAUAAGAAGUAUGGCCCCGUUGUUCGACUGUCUCCCAACGAGGUUGGUGUCGCAGACCUCGACGCUUUCAAAGAAAUUCACAAGAUCGGCACGAAGUAUAUGAAGAGUGAUUGGUACUUGCGAUUGGCCAACUUCCCCAAGGCAGGCGUCUUCACCAUGCUAGAUCCUCGGGAGCAUGGGCCCAGGAGAAAGCUCUUGUCUCGCUCCUUCAGCAGAACCUACCUUGUCGAGAACUGGGAGUCGACUGUCAGGGACAAGGCACUUCUUGCUGUCAAGAAGAUCAAGGCAGACGCCAUGAAGAGCUCUGCUGAUGUGUAUAACUGGUGGAUGCUGCUUGCCUCUGAUGUUAGCGCACAUCUGGCUUUUGGAGAGUCGUUCGGUAUGCUUGAGACAGGACACCAAAAUCAGUUCCUCCGUGUGCUCAAGAAGCUCACCAUGGGUGCCGGUAUCAUGGUCGAAAUGCCCUUCCUCCGUGUGCUGAGAUUUGUGCCUAUCCAAGCUGUACAGGAGAUGUUUAACGCGAAUGAGUACAUAAUACAAGGUGCUGGCCGAGCAGCUGAGAUGGCACGGUCUCGCAAGGGUGAGGCCAACAUCUUCGCGAAAGUCAUUGAGGACUGUGAAAAGGAGGGCGACGGUCACAUCGACGACAUGGAUGUUAAGAUCGAGGCUAUGAACGUCAUCAUCGCUGGUACUGAUACUACUGGAGUCACACUCACAUACCUCACCUGGGCUGUUCUCCAGCGCCCCGAGCUUCAAGCCUCUCUGGAAGCAGAGGCUACUGCGCUUGGAGAGAACUUCACCGAGAAUGAUCUGAUUAGUCUCCCUCUGCUCAACGCUGUAAUCGAAGAAACUCUCCGACUGUACGGUGCUGCACCCAGCAGUCUGCCCCGUGUAGUCCCUCAAGGCGGUACAAAGUUCUCAGGCCUCUACAUCCCUCAAGGUGUCACCGUCGACACACAAGCCUACACCUUCCACCGCGACCCCAACAUCUGGAGCGACCCUCUAACCUUCAACCCCUAUCGCUGGAUCCCCUCGAAGGAAGGCUUUCCCGCCGAAGCCCUCUCACCCGCCGCCAAAACCGCCUUCCAUCCCUUCGGCGCCGGCGCACGAUCGUGUAUCGGUAUCCACCUUGCUCGGAUGGAGUUGAGGUACGCGGUAGCUUUCAUGUUUAGGGAAAUGAAGGGCGUUAAGCUAGCGGCGAGCACAACGCCUGAGAGUAUGGAGUUUGAGAAUUUCUUCUUGAUCGCACCAAAGGCGCAUCGGUGCGAGAUUACGUUUAAUUAAAGUAAUCUGAGAGAGGAAUAGUAGUGCGU